AUGGCGAACAUCAACCAAAACCACAGUGAUCGCUCCCGCGAUGCUGAUGACUUCAUCCUAUGGACUGCAUCUGGAGUGGCCCUCGGUAUGCAAGCCUCAGACAUUACCAGUGGACCGAUGGUCGUGGGUUCUUCAAACGGUGAACCAAGUUCGUUCGAUGUUACGUUGAUCUCACAGACCCUUGGAAUGGACACAGAGGAUAUGACCAGUGGAGCAACUCCGUUGCAAUUUGCCUUGGAAACCCAGAAUACCACACAAGAACAAGCCAGUGCUGAGGACCGAUCAUGCCCGUUGGAUGCUGAGAUGACAAACGGGCAAUUUUCCGAACGUUUCGAGAUAGAAAUCGAGGAUACGUACGGGAUAUUCCAACCCGUGGGCGCAGUUCACACCGCAUCAAAACACACUGCCAUAGCAGCGGACCUGACCAGGCUGUACGAUAUCGACAGCCUUGAGCUGCCGCCGCCUAAGCAAGGGAGGGGAUACAUGACCGGAUUUGGGCUCCUGUCCGCGCAGCGAUACUUUCCGACCACAGUCCGCAUACUUCACUUCGGAAUCCCUGAAAUACCUAUCCAAGCUGUUGCUAUGACAGAAGUUCGUCCCGCUUGGUUUUCGGAAAGGCACAUUUACAUUGUCAUCGGCAGCUCUCUCCGGAAAAUGCUACUCAAAGCCCGUGAUGCUGUGCCCAGACCAUCUCUGCCUCCUCUGCAACAGGCCGAGUCGGCUCAUCGCCUCAUCUCCACACACCCUCGCGUUUUUAGGGAGACCGCUAAUGGCUCUGGACCCCUUGUAUCACAAAGCGCACUUCGACCCCCUUCUCGUGUUGCUGCAGGUGUUUCAUCUGGUUCGAGGACAGGGCUUCAAAGGACUACCCCUGGACGUCGUUCGCCAAAGCUGCAGUCACCUCCUCAUCUCGUUCUCCCAUCCGACAUCAGCAGUAUGUCGGACAAGUUCCCAGCUAUCCCAGACGCUGGGGCUAUCAUAGCACAAUCAUCAACCAUCGAGGAGUCCAUCAUUCUCAACAGACUAGCCUCCGAUGCUCAUGAUCUUAAUGACGAUCAGGAAUGAUGUUUCAAUUCGAUGGGCCAGUUUCAGUUAUGAGUGUUCUACUUUACCAGAGUAUGGCAGUUUGGCAAGAUAAGCCUUUAUCACCAGGAUCUUCAGGCUUAACAUCAGUAUUUUUCCUUUAGAUAGGGAUGUCGCCCUUUUCGCGGAUUAUCUCUUCCCUAUAUCUCUUUCCUAGUGUGAAUCUGCUUUAUGAAUGACGUUACAUUAUCCAUUUUCUUGUUACCAGAUUUGAGACUGUGGCUCCGAUAUCACAAAGAAAAGGCAUGUACAAAAUCUUGGAUAAAGAAAAGACAGGGUGCAUCUGCACGAAAAAAAGGCAGCUGGCAACAGACCUCAGGCUUUGGUCAUGGGAGGGCUUAUCUUUAGUUUCAGUUCGAAGAGCCUGUCAAAAGACGUUUUCUGUUGUAGGCAAUAUGCGGUAACCCAUCUAAUCAUGAUAUAGAGUCAUUUGGUUCAGUCACUAGUCAAAUUCAUUGGAACACAACCUCGGAUGUUGUUGGGGUUUCAUGGGAGGCGAAGUACUUUUCCUUGGAUUGGUUACGAGCGUCUUUAAGUUAUUUUCGAUGCGACUGGAUUUUUUUUUUUUGGAAUAGUUGGCGUCAAGAGAACUAUGCUAAUCUGAAAUAAAGCAGCUGUA